UGAUAAGUGACUAUCCGAGGACGAACAGCUCAUCUUAAGGUGGGGAAGUGUAACGAUCGUGAUCGCGGUAAACUUGUAAAAUGAACGCGAAUACGAUGUUAGUGGCUGGAAUACUCAUAGUAUGCAUCUUACAGAUUCAUACAGCUGACGCUGCAGGCGAGGAACCACUUAUUGUUGCAAUAGCUGAGGAGGCACCAUUUGUCUAUGUGGAUUCUAAAUCCAACGACACAGUCUACACUGGAUUCAUACCUGACUUGGUGAAGGAUAUCAUGAAAAGAAUGAAAAGAGACUACGAAUUUAAACUCGUGGAUAGUGAAGAGGAGAUGGUAUCAGCUGUUGAAACAGGGGAUGCCGACAUUGCAUCAUUGAUGACAUCCCGUUUGGAAGUUGAGAAGCGAAUUGAUCUAUCCAAGCCCUAUCUAAGCUCUGGCAUUGCUAUAAUGAUGAUGAAGCCUGAGAGUAAUGGCUGGAAGCGUAUUGGGGACCCUGGUUAUCUCAUCAAUGCACUGAAGGACAACAACAACCUCCUCCUACCCUUCAGUAUUGAGGUCUGGGUGCUUGUUGUUAUAGCAUACGUAGUCGUAAGCCUCUUCUUGUUUGUCAUCAACCGAUUCAAUCCAUACGAGGGGAGGAAACGUGCAUCAAGGAACGAAGCAAAUGUGGACAAGGACAAUUUGAACUGCUGUGGGAGCUUCUGGAUUGUCAUGUCUACCUUACAAUGGCAAGGUUAUGAAAGAUCACCAAAGUCGUUGGCAGGUCGAUUGGUUCUGGUUGGAUGGUUUGCCUUUGUGACAUUUAUUCUAGUUGCUUAUACUGCGAAUCUCGUGACAUUGAUGCAAUCUCGAGGAAGUCAGGGUGACGCCCACGCAUUGAUGAGCCCUAUUCAAUCAUUAGAAGACUUAGGCAAGCAGACAGAAGUCAAGUAUGGCAUCAUUAACGGGACCAUGGCACACAAAACACUCAGGUCGUCAACAAACGAACUUCACCAGGACAUGUGGAGUCGUGUACAAAACCAGGAAGGAGACUUUCCUGGCAUAUCCAAAGGUUUAAGUGAAGCAAUGUCAGCUUUGACAAAGACAAAUGGGGAAAAUGCUGUUCUCGUAGAUUAUCACAGGGCAAAACAUGCAGCUGGUACUGAUUGCAGAUUGAGAUACGUAUAUACGGAUAUGGCUAGCUAUGGAUACCGCUUUGGUAUUAAUAAAGCCAGUGAUCUAGAUGUUGAACUCAACAAGGCACUGUUAGAGAUUCGAGAAGAUGGUAGUGUAUCUUUGCUACAGAAGAAAUGGUUUGCUGAUAAGGCUGUCUGUUCUUUGGAAAACUCCAGUGAAACGAAAGCAGAAAAAAAGGCGGAUGAGCCAACACCCUGUCAGGUGAAGUUCCGACCACUUUACAUGGCAGACAUUUUGGGUGUCGUUGUACUGUUUCUUCUCGUUCUAGUCCUUGCCUUCAUUGUGAUGAUCCUAGAGGUUGUCUGUUUCAGAAUCAGGUCUGCUGGGCGCUUCGAACCUAUUUCAAAGACCCCUUGUGAUGAACCGGACCUGAAGGAACUAACAGGGGAACCCGCAAGUCCAGUGGAAGAAUGUUAGAUACCAGAAUUUGUAGACCUAUGAAUCGGAUCUCUUCAUUCAUAUCAUCAUUUUAACCGUAAACAAUUGUGACACAUACACACAAUCAAGGUUGAUGAAAAAAGAAACAUUUCAAGUUUUACAGAAGACUACCACACAUCAAAAUAAUGUUUAUUAGAAAAAAGAAUCAUUUCAAGUUUUACAGAAGACUACCACACAUC